UGUAAUCGCUGUGCAUUAGCCUUUGGAAAUGGCGGAUAGAAGAGAGCUAUGUGUGGACGGGAAACCAAUUUCCUCCCUACGCGUCGUUGAUCUUAAAGUGGAACUUGAAAAAAGGAGUUUGCCGAAAUCGGGAAGCAAAAAAGAUUUGCUAGAACGACUCAGAUUGCACCUUCAAUUGGAAGAGGACCGUGAGGCAGCCUUGCGUGAUGAAGAACAUGUUCCAAAUUUAUCGCUAUGCAAUGAAACAGAAAAUGAUUUCAUUCGAGAAUAUCUGGCUGCUCAGCAGGCCAGAUUUCAAGUACAAAGAGAAGCCAAGAAGCAAUAUGAAGAAAAGAAGAGAGAAUCAGAAGCAAGCGCAGAAGAAACCACUCAAGAUGAAGAUGAAGCAUCUGAUGUUUCCCCCGCCAAAAAAUCUCCCAGGAAAGCUAUGAGGCCAAAGAAAAAGGAGGAUUCUACAUCUACGCCAAAGGCGCAUAAAUCUUCACUGGACUUCCAGACACCGGAUUCAAUGCCUUACUCCACGCCACCGCAAGAAAAGCGGGAUGAAGACGGAGCUAGGCAAGAGAGUGAUACUACCGGGGAAGAGGAAGAAUGCAUGACUCCACAGACUCGCAAACAUAAACUGCUAAAAUAUGUGCAGCAACCCUCAGCCAGUAAGGAUUCGAAUCCUGGUAAGUCGGAUACCGGACAAUUUUCCAUUGCAGACCAGGUGGAAAAGUAUCAGAGAAGUGGGACGUCGGAGAGACGAGAUCCGCCGCCUUCUAGUCUCUAUGGUGAAGCCAUUAAUUUGAAAGUGGAAGGCAAAAAGGAGACUUCACCUGUUAAAAGUGAAUCUUCCCCUGUUAAAAAAGAACCUUCCCUGGUAAAGAAAGAAACUUUGCCUGUAAAAACUGAAACUCCUUCGCCGGUUAAGAAAGAUGAGAGAGCAUUACGUGGUCAAAAGACACGUAGCGUCAAAGCACCACCGGAGGAAGUUUCUGAUGAGGAGGAAGAUGGAGAAGAAAAGAGAGGUUUUCCCCGUCUUGUCGAAGUGUGGUCAGAAAAAGAAAGAGAAGAAGCAGCUGCCGCUUCAGCUGGAAAAUCUGUAGUACAAAAGUCGGAAAAACUUACAGAAGACAUUGAAUCAAUGGAUACCAAAGAGGAUGGGAUCAAACCCCAUGUUAUUAAUGUGAGUUCCUCUGAAGAGUGUAAAAAAGAAAUUCCGACAGAUACAGCACCGUGCGAAACAGAUCCUUUAGAGGAUACCCCCACUGUGACUGCCGCACAAACAGUUUGCGUAAAAGAUGAAGCAAAACCGGUUAAAAAUGAAAGUGAAGCAGAAACACCACCAACAGAAGUAGCUGUCGCGAAAAAAGAUCAGGAAAAAUCCGAAGACAUGAUAGUUGACUUCAAAGCAGAUGAUGCGGUAGAUAUGACCAAGGAAACCGAGAUAGUCGAGGAAAGUAAAAUUCCAGAACAGACGGUUAUAGAAAACAAAAUAGAAGACGCGACAACAGAGGAACUUGCUAAACCUACGACAGUUGAUGUGGCUGAAACCGAACCUGUUGUUCAAAGUGAACCUGCCGCCGUCGUUGUUGAAUCGGCUUCUUCUCCCGCUGUUGAUGAGUCGGCGUCUGUUCCAGCUAUUGUUGAAUCACCUUCUGUUCCCGCUGUUGUUGAAUCAGCGUCUGUCCCAGACGUUGUUGAAUCUGCAUCAGGCCCCAAUAUCGUUGAAAAUCCUGAAGAAACGGUGUUGCCUGUCACAGUGGAACAACCGGUUGUAGAUCCCGUAUCUGCAGAAAAAUCAAAUGUCAACUCGGAAAACCCCGUUGAAGAUACCCCUACUAGUGAAUUGGAACCAGAGACCAAAGUGAUGUCAGCUGAUGACCCAGAAUCUGUGAAAAAUAAUGAGACCGAAGUGAAUAAGACUGACGACGUCAGCAAUCCAAAGGAUUCGGAGAAGGACAACAUCGACUCGUCAUCAGAUAAGGUUGAAACCACAAUGGCUGUCGAGAACGAAUCGCCAUCGUUGAUCAAGUCUGAUGCAUGUGAAGAACCUGUCACUAAAGUAGAUGCUGGUGCUGAAGAACAACCUACUGAGGAAAAUGAAGAAGAUGAACUUCAGAUGGAUACCACAGAAACAAUUGAUGAUAGUUUGAAGCUUACAGCAGGUGAAAGUGAAGAUGUAGCAGAUAAUUGUGAACAGAGAAAUAGAAAAUCAAGUUCCAAAUCUCCCAGUCCUAGACAAAGUAGUCAAGAAACGGAGAUAAACAGAAAAAGACGUAGCUCAUCACCUCACGAUAAGAAGCAGCAAUGUGAAACAGCACCCCAAAAUGAAACCACAAAAGGAGAAACAGUUAGAAAAUGGAAGAUCAGGAAACACCUUCCUAGUGCUGAAGCAGACACUACAGACACUGAAGCUCCCAAGAAACGAAGAUGGGGAACUAGCCAGCUUCUACCUACAAAGAAGCCUGCCUUGGUUAUUUCCACUGAUUCUCUCAAGACACUUGUGCCAGAUGCUAAACCUCUGUCAGCUGAAGAAGUACGGCUUGGUAGCCCCAACUUCCAACCAUCAGUGAAGCACACUGUUAACCAUACACCAGAAAGUGAAGACCACCAAGUACCGGCUGCCGACAAGAUUGCUAAAGUGGAGAAUGUAAGACGCGUAGCGGUAGAGAUGGCGGUCGAAGCGUUCGCACCAGCUAAACCUGAGGUUGUUAUGGCUGCUGCUGCCCCCUUACUGGAAGCUACCAGCCCAGCUCAGCAACCUCGCUCGUCCGUCCUUAAUGUCUCCAACUUGGUCAGACCGUUCACGAUUAAUCAGCUGAAGGAGUUGCUUGCUCGUACCGGACACCUUGUCGAGGGGAAGUUUUGGAUUGAUAGAGUGAAAUCAUCGUGUUUAGUCCAGUAUGCAACAGAAGACGAAGCUGAGGAAACUCGAGCAGCCUUACAUGGAAUUCAUUGGCCGACAUCUAAUCCCAAAACCCUUGUAGUUGACUACUCAACGCUUGAAGAUUUAGAGAAUCGCAUGUCGGGCAAAGAAACAACCAACCCACCCGUGGCGAAAAUUGAACCUAUUAUGCGAACGGCUACAGCAACUGUUCACCCUCUCGAAACAAAGCGAGACAAAGCUGAAAAAGUGCGUGAAUGGGAUCUAGGCAAAACAGGCGACCAAGGGUACGAAAAAGAGCAAGCUAUUAAAGGAGCACAUCAUAUUGGCGAAGACGAAGAAGUUAAACCCAAAGACGAAACGCCUGCGAAACUGUUGGAUGAUUUAUUCCGCAAGACAAAGGCGACCCCCUUCAUUUAUUGGUUACCUUUGACAGCCAGUCAGAUCGCAGAAAAGGAGGAAAUGCGCCGCCAAAGGCUUGCAGAAAGAGAAACGCGUUUGAAAGAGGUUCAGCAACGCAGAGACGAAGAACUGCAGCAGAGACAGCGUGAGAGAGAAAAGCAGCGUGAAAACGAGCGCGAAAGGCAGCGCGCACGUGAAAAGGAACGCGAGAAAGAACGCCAACGCUCUCGUAAACGCAGCCGUUCCUCGUCCAGCAGCUCUUCGAGUUCUACCUCUGCGAGUCCAAACAAGAGAAGGAACAGCAAAACGCCUCCGCGCAAGAGAUAAGAG